AUGUUACCUCCGACCAAAAGGCUACCAAAGGAAUCCACGAUUCCGGCGGUUUGGAUGCGAUCCGGGACGUCCAAGGGUUUAUUCCUGCAUCGUGAGCAUCUCCCCACGGAUGAGACGAAGUGGGAAUCCAUUCUUCUAGCUCUCAUGGGGUCGAAGGGAACUAAAUCUGGGGACAAUGCGCCACAGAUCGACGGCCUCGGCGGGGGCACGUCCACGACGUCCAAAGUGGCUGUCGUGGGGCGGUCCUCUCAACCGGGUAUUGACCUUGAGUACAGCUUCGUUCAGGUGGAUUUCAAGGCCGGUCGCACUGACCGUUCGGGGACGUGUGGAAAUAUGGUGGCUGGCGUGGGGCCGUUUGCGUGGGAUCAGCAUCUGCUCGAUCGCUCGUCAGGGUGGUCAUCUUCCUCAUCAUCAACAGCAAUUGAUAUUCAUGUUCUUGAUACAAACACCAGCCAAGUCUUUCGUCUCACUAUGCCCAAUCCAUACUACUACCACCAUACACACCCGGACUCACUGUCCAUGUUUGCCGCAACGUGGGAAGCGAUCAAGGUGACUAUGGUGCAGCCCGGGGGUCAAAUGACGGGGGCUCUGUUCCCCAAGAAGGAAAGCAGCAGCAGCAGCAGCACUGAAGAGGAACGCACCACCGUGCUGGAGAUUCCUUGUGGCUGGACGGGCCAGCUCCUCCGCGUGCGCGCCACGCUGAUUGACUGCGGCAAUCCGUUUGUGCUGGUGGCAGCAGCUGACAUGCCCGUGCAAUACCACCUGGAGCAGCAAGAUGCGCUUUUCAGCGACGCGGCUCGCCUGACGGUGGAAACGCUCCGUCGGGCUGCCUCUCUUCGCCUCGGACUGGCGACCAGCUGGGACGUGGCAGCCUGCCAGAGGACAGUCCCCAAGAUCGCCGUGGUGACACCAGCUACCGCUGCAGGCGCCUCCGUAGAUGCGACGGUCACGGCUUAUAGUCUGGGCCACUUGCAUCCAACAAUCCAGCUCACAGGUGCAGUCGCACUGGCGGCCGCCCUAAGUGUUCCGGGGACUGUGCUUGCUGCUGCUGCUGCUGCUGCUGCUGCUGCUUCAACAAUCAAGGUGGGCAAUGGAAACCAUACCUCAUCCUACGCGCCUCCCACUUCCCGAACCUGGCGAAUUGCCCACCCUCGGGGCACGGUGAAGGUCGAGAUCGUCUCAUUGCGGCUGGCGGAUGGGUCCUACUGCAUUGAGAGUGCAUCGGUGAUGAGGACGGCGCGGAAACUGUUCGAGGGACAGGCUUUCUACUGUUUGAAAUAG